CACACGCACACACACACACACUCCCUCCUCAGAUAUCUGUUUCUCCUCUGCUGUCACUCUGAGACACACACACAUACACACACACUGGGGGAGGUAGAUAACCGUGAUUCCACUGCUGAAUUUUUAACGCUGUUGUGGAACUUUUUUUUUCUAGGCGGGUUACUGUGGCACCAGGGUACUGUUACACUGACAGAGUCAGGGAGACAGGGUUCAGUUCAGUUCUGUUGUUUACUGAAGCUGGACGGAAGCAGCUGUGCAUGGAGUGUAUAUGGCCCAUCCUGUCCUAAUGCCUUUACCGUAGGAACAUGACCCUCAACACCCAGAGAGAGAAGGAGCCCCUCCAAAGGCGAGGCAGCACGCCAAUUAAUCCCCUUUACCAGCAACCACCUUGGAUCCCCAGCAGCACCCAACCCAACCCAGAGCAGCCCCGUCCCCAGCGCAACCACCCCCCUCUGGGACAGUCAGCGUCCUACCACCCUGGAGACAAGUCCCUCCAUUACCGUGCCCAGUGGAGUUCAGACUCUGAUGAUGACUCACAGAGUGAUUCGGACUGUGUUUACAGAGUGGUGUUGCUUGGUGAUCAUGGAGUCGGAAAGACUAGCCUCGCAGGAAUCUUUGCCGGGAUCACAGACAAGGAUGAACAACCUGGAGAAGACACAUAUGAGAGGACACUGACAGUAGAUGGAGAGGAAACCACGCUCAUCGUCAUGGACAACUGGGAGAACGACAAACUGGUUUCCUGUCAGGAGGGGGAGGAUGGCCCCUCUCACAAUGACUGUCUGAAGGUGGGGAGUGCUUACGUCAUCGUCUACUCGGUCACCGACCGCUCAAGCUUUGAUUCUGCUGCUGAGCUCCGCAUCACGCUCCGACGUACCCGCCAGGCCGAAAACCUUCCCAUCAUCCUCGUAGGAAACAAGAGUGACUUAGUCCGAUCGAGAGAAGUUGCUGUGGAAGAGGGCCGAGCAUGUGCAGUCGUGUUUGACUGCAAAUUCAUUGAGACGUCAGCGUCGCUUCAGCACAACGUGACCGAGCUAUUUGAGGGUGUGGUCCGACAGAUCCGCCUUCGUCGAGACAGCACCGAGGCCAUUCAACGCAGGCGCUCCGUUUAUAAACGGAAAGAGAGCCUCACUUGUAAGGCCCGGCGCUUCCUGGACCGACUGGUGGCACGCAACAACCAGCGCAUGGCAGUGAAAGUGCGGUCCAAGAGCUGCCACGACUUGGCCGUUCUGUGAAUUUGUCUGUCCGCCAGCAAGUUUUUUGACUCACUGGAGCUCUCUCUGGUCGUGAUAAUGUGGACGUUAGUGUCUGCAGUGAUUCUAACGCGCAGCGCCAGACAAGUUCAGCAGUGAACUACAUCAGCAGACAGUAACAUAGUCACUGUGAUCAUGUUUGAGCAUCUGGUGUUAACAUUUGUGGAACUGUAACAGCAGAUGACUUAAAUAUUGAGAUACCAAACAGUUAAGUGUUCAAUGUUCAUUGUGAGAGUGUGUUCAGUGUGUGUGGAUCAUGUAAUGUAGUUUCCACUGUGUCGCAUGUGUUGUUUUCCUGAGGUUUUGACUGUUUUUAGUUCCCCACUGUGCAGAAUAAAGUCUUAAUUAAGUCUUAAAGGAAUAGUAAUCUCAAAAUCACAUUUUUCACAAAGAACAUGAUAUUGAUAUGAUAUUAUUUAUGAUGAUGCCAUAUUUAUUUCCAAGUUAACUGCUUUUUUGAAAAUUAUUUGAAUUUACUAACUGCUUUUUGUGUGUAUUUUUAAAGGAUGCAUGUGGCCACUGUGCCAUCAACUCGGACUGUCACUUGGUUUUUGAAACCAGUGAUGUCCAUAGUUAGAAAAUGGAGUGCUAGACAGCUUAGUUAACAAGCUAAAUCCACAAGAUAUGUAGCUACAUAGCACAGAUGUAGAUUCCUGCUGAUUUGAGUUUUCACUCACCAACUCAACAGCAACCUACUGAAUAGGGUGUAGUCUUAUCAACAAUCAAUUCUACCAGAAAUUUAAAAGCCUCCAACAGGACACCAACACUGCAAACAUGGUGAAAAAGUCAAUUUCACUGACUUGAAUAAGAAGAGGUGUGGUGUGAAAACAGAUACCAGAUAUUGCCUGUGUUGGUACACCUCAACUUUAAGCCCUAAAAUUGAAAAGGAUUUUUUAAAAUCAUCUAACCACCAUGAAUGGUGGAUGGAUGAUUGGCAUUUUAAGCGCCAAUCUCCAAAUUUGCUUCUUAAUACCUGAAAUUUGAUCAGAAUUUGGCUCUUCUGCUUUCUCAUCUAAUAUAAGCUGCUAACAUUAGCAAUUUCAGCUAACUAGCGUAAGCCAAGCACUGGCGCAUCAUAAACUAACAUUAACUAACAUUUUGUUGGGUUACAGGUUAAAUUUGAAAAAGCAAAGGACACAACCACACAGUGUACGCAGUUUCAUAUUUGAUUUCAGAGUGUACAGUUUCAUUUAUUUUGAAAUAUACUACUUCAAUAUUCUCAUCCGAUUUACUCUUUCCCUCCAGUUAAAAUCUUUUCUCUGCAGGAGACCCAGGGAUCAAAUCUGUGUUUCACUUCACAUAAACACACUGUCAGGCCUCCUGGAUAUUUACUGUUGUCUUGGUGAGCUGUGGCCCAUUGAAGAAGAGUUUGUUUACUGAGAGGUCGCCAUGACGACACAGUCACAUCUUGACAUCUCUGUAUGGUUGACAUAAAGCAGGUGAGUGUUUGGGAUGGUGACUUUUUAUGGGAUUGAACCUAACAUCUACCUGCUGGGAACACAUAGUACUUACAGCAACUCCCAGUUUCCACUUUUAAAAUAUGAAUGUUGUGAGCACAAGUAAGACAGACAUGAAGGAUUAUGGAUAUGCAGCCAACACGGAUGUACCUGAAUGCAAGCCUCCCAAAAAAAUAUAUGAUUGACUGGUUGAAAAGCAGGUUGUAAUGGAGAGAGACCAACAACAAAGACAAAAAAAAUAUUUUACUUCAGGAGCUAAUUUAAGGGAACAGUUGUCCCGCAUAUUUUUGACACUGCCCCCUGGUGACAGUGUACAGCUACUACACAUAGACAAAGGCCUGAAAAACUCUAAAAUCACUUUACAUCACAGGCCACAUACAGCCCACUUUUUCUACACGAUAAAUAAAAGCAUGCUGUGACAAAUCAAAACAUCUGUCAGCAUGACUCUUUGGACUUACAUUGUAAUAAAAAAAAAAAUAAAAUUACAGAAAUAGUUCUGGCAGCUAAUUGCCCAGACU